AUGAGUAGAUCAACCAGAGACAUUGGCGGCAGACUGAAGAAGACAGGUGUGACUGAGAUCAAGGUCAAUGGCAACUACACCAGAGAACAGAUCGAAAGGAUAGCACAAGACAGCGACACUCUCGCAAGAUACGGCGCUAACGCCAGGAUAGAAGUCGUGCUCGACUACGGCAACAAACUAUAUCGAUCAGGCAGGUUCACGAAAGUAGGCGAGCCGAUCAUCAUGUUUGAUCCUCACGAGUCACUCAGUUGA